AUGGUGGAGCAAGCGCAUGAGCUAGGAGAGAUCGGCGCUGGGAUCCAGAUGCCGCCCAACGCGGUGCGAGUCAUGGCCGAUUUUGGUUUAGUCGAGGAGCUCGAGAAAGCCGGUGCAGUCAACAUCUCUUCUCACUCUCUCCUCAAAUAUACCAAUGGUGAUUCCAUCGCCAACCGACCCGGUCACGCAUGGCAGCGAAAACACUUUGGACAAGCUUGGUAUGUAAUCCACCGUGCUGACUACCACCGUGUCUUGCGCGAGGAAGCCACUAGACUGGGCGCGAAGAUUCGUCUUGCGUCGGAAGUUAUUUCGGCCGACUCGAAGACCACCUCGGUACUACUUGCUUCGCAGGAGAGACUAUAUGCGGACAUCAUUAUCGGUGCAGAUGGGCUGCGGUCAGUAGUUCGUGAUGAGGUCCUUGGGUAUCAUGUUGAUCCUAGUGACACGGGGGACUUGGCCUAUCGAGCAACUUUCCCCAAGGAACGGGUCGAGGCUCUUGACAAGUCUUUGAUUGAGCCUUCGUUGCGAUGCUGGUUAGGACCCCGACAACAUGCUGUUUUGUAUCCAGUACGCAGCGGGUCCACUUAUAACCUUGUUUUAGUUUGCCCUGAUGACCUACCACCAGGUGUGGCUACCAAAGAGGGAAAUGUCCAAGAGAUGCGAAACUUGUUCAAAGGAUGGGAUCCAAGAUUGACAAAAAUGAUCGCACAAGUUGACAACGCCCUUAAAUGGAAGAUCUGUCACAUGGAAGAGUUGGAUACGUGGUGCAAGGGUUCGAUUGCUCUUUUAGGCGAUGCCUGUCACCCUACUUUGCCCUACCAAGCACAAGGUGCCGCAAUGGCAGUUGAAGAUGGAGCUACCCUCGGUGUUCUUCUUGGAAAACUCUCAAGAAGUGAUCUCCCUGCCUCCAAAGUUCCCGAUGUUCUACGAUUAUACGAGCUCACUCGCAAGGAAAGAACAACAAUCAACGUCCAGGGUGCGGUCGAAAAUCAGAUGUUAUACCAUAUGAAUGAUGGACCCGAGGCUGACGCCCGAGACGAAGCAUUCACUCACGUUAAUUGGGAUGACCCUGACCAUGAAUUUCAAUGGGGAUGGGGUAAUGUGGGAUACCUGAAGCGACUGAUGGCUUUCAAUACCACUGUCGAGGCAUGUCGACAAUUUGAUCAUAUGAUUGCUUAA